AUGGAAGGCUACGAUACUACGCUGAUUAACAGUUUCUAUGCUCUCCCUGCCUUUCGACAGGCAUACGGACAUCCAGCCCCCGGAGUAGGCUCAUCUGGCGCCAUCACGUACCAGAUCAGUCCGUCAUGGCAAGCCGCAUUAUCGAAUGCCUCUGUGGUUAGCGAAAUAAUAGGCCUUUUUCUUAACGGUUUCUCGACUGAUCGAUUCGGAUACCGCUGGACAAUGCUAGGGGCUUUAGUCAUGUUGAUGCUGUUUAUUUUCCCUGCUUUUUUCGCUGUCAACAUUAAGAUGAUACUGGCAUCUCAAAUCUUGUGCGGGAUUCCAUGGGGUGCCUUUCAAAGUCUCUCCACCACCUACGCUGCCGAAGUGAUGCCUGUGCAAAUGCGUGCGUACUUGUUAAGCAGCGUAAAUAUGUGCUGGCUGAUCGGACAACUGCUAGGAGUGGCCAUAAUGCGAAGGUUAGUCGACAAUACAUCCCCGUGGUCAUAUCGAAUUCCUUUCGGCCUUCAAUGGGUGUUUGCCGUCGUGAUAUUUCUUGGGGUUAUUUUCGCCCCUGAGAGCCCCUGGUGGCUAGUACGACACGAAAGACUACAAAAAGCAAGAAAAGCUUUGUUGAGACUUGUUACGACAAGGUUUAUUGACUUUAAUGUUGACAAGUCUCUUGCGAUGAUGAAACAUACAGACGAUAUUGAGAAGCAUAUCCACAGAAGAAGCUCGUCUUUCCUAGACUGCUUCAAAUAUACUAAUCUCCGCCGAACGGAAAUCUGCUGCCUAGUCUUUUCUACUCAGGCGAUGAGCGGUUCAACACUAACUGGCUUUGCUGCCUAUUUCUAUGAGCAGGCUGGGGUUGAUGUACGGUCUUCAUUUAGUCUAGCGGUCGGGAUGUACGCAUUGGCAAUUUUAGGUGGGGUUAUUGCAUUGUUUCUCCUUUCUCACUUUGGAAGACGACGACUAUACCUAACAGGAUUGGUGGUUUCAUUCUGGAUUUUCAUUUCUGCCGGGAUCGUUGGAACUCUGCCAUCAUCACGGGCAACAUCAUGGGCUGCAGCUGGCCUCCUUAUCCUUUUAACCUUUGUAUACGACAUGACUAUUGGACCAGUCUGCUAUGUUUUAGUAGCUGAGAUUCCGUCAACGCGCCUUCGAGUUAAAUCGGUCGUCCUUGCUCGCGCUACGUAUAACGCUAUCAGUAUUGCGAUGAAUGUUGGCACUUCGCACAUGCUGAAUCCGGUUGCCCUCGAUUGGCGAAGCAAGACAUGCUUUUUCUAUGCAGUUACAACUGCAUUGAGCUUUAUCUGGUGCUACUUUAGGCUUCCAGAACCCAAGGGCCUGAGUUACCUCGAGCUGGACAUCUUAUUUGAGAGGAAAGCUAGUACGAGGAAAUUCAAAGAGUUUCAAGCCAGUCUCGAAAAAUCGGGGUAUUUCUCUAUUACAAGAAGCCAGUUGCCUGAAAGUGGUUGGCAAGGAUACUAA